GCUGUUCCAGCAAAUUUCAGCAUUUGGUUGAUGGAACCAGAUUUCUGGGUGAAAGGUGCUGAGCGGUAUAUGCUGGAAACGGAAUUAAAGCCGUGCUCACUGCUGAACAAUGAAGUACCGGAAGCAGAUCUGGUGACAAUUUUUGAAGAAUCUCGACUUCUUCAAGAUGUGGACUUCCAAAGCAAUGUGCUUGGACUUUAUUACGAUGGUGGUGAAGUGGCGAAAAGAUUAAAAUCGCCAGGAAUGAGCGUUAUUUGUCUUAAGGUACGUAAUCAGGAAUCGUACGAUUGUUUCGUUAGCAAUUCGCGUUUCGCUUCGAAUUGGGAUACGCUAGUUUGCGCUCGAAUUAUUACUUUUCAGGAGAAGGAGUUCGAUAUUACAGUGAAAAAUUCGGACAGCAAUUACAUAAUCUGUGCAGUCUGCAUUGAAAUUGCUCCAGACAAAUGCCCUUCGAGUGUCGCUUUGUUCGGCAGAAAAAUUAGCCUCCAAACAAAAACUCUACGAACGUUCGACGUAGCACUGACGCGUAGACAGUCCAUCACAUGCUGCCAGUUAUCACAGUGUUUGCUGAAAAAGCUUGUACUGUUGAAUGAAAAAUGUUCUUUUUUUUUUCGUUGUUUAAAUCUUCCUCUGCAGGUUUUCGGUAAAAUGAGAAAAGAUCUCGGAUUUCUCUCCAGCUCUUAUCGAUUUGAGCAAAUCAUCACACUUCCUGAGCAAACCAUUGUAUCCUUCUUCUCAACGUGCUGCAAGCUUGGCAUGUGCUUAAAAUCACAGCCGAUGGAAUGGUUGAUGCCGCUGGCAGAGCAGUUCGCAUCGCCAGGGUUUGUACAUGGUGCUGUGAAUCGACGAGCACUGAUGUUAUUGAAGCAGUUGUCUCCAUCGUUAGAAACCUAUUAUCAACAUAAGAUAUUUCUUCUGUUUCAGGAUAAAAUUCUAUUUGCUUCGUUACAAAUGCACCAAGAAUGCGGCACCUUACAACUUUCACUUUUCAACAGCAUUGCAGCACAACUAAAGCAAUUGCUUUUGCAACGAGUUUUAUCCUUCCGUCGCAACUGUGGUGAUAUCAUUUCUUUCCUGAAGCUACUGGCGCACUGUGUUCUUUCAAAUGGAGUAGCAGCAGAUGCAGUUCUGGACUGCCUUCUCACCAUUGCCUUUAUGUAUCUAGCAGCUGGAAGCAGUCGUUCUACGGAAAUAACAGAACUUAUUUUGGAGCUAUUAUUUGCAGAGGAUAUUGUCAUUGCUAAUCGAUGCAGAUGUGUAAUGGCAGCUAUUAUAUCAAACUACUCUGCUACAUGUGUCAAAAAUCACCAGUCCUUAUUUGUGUUGGUGGAAGGUGCUGCAUCGGCAAUUGCAGCGGAACACAAAACUUCCACUGCAUCAUCCACUGGUCACUUAUUGACCACUAAAUUUACUCCGUCAAUUGUUGGUGAGCUGGAAACUGAACUACAGAAUUUGCUUGUCCAGGCCAAGUCAUCGUCGGAAUCGGAAGGCUUUACGAGAGGUAUAAAGCACCAUAACUUUUGUUUGCUUAUCAAUUAUGGGUUGAUAAUGAUUGGAUAA